AUGGAACCAUCUACAGGUGAACCAACUAUGGAACCAACCACUACAUCCACAACCGAACCAACUAGUGAGGCGACUACGAGCAUGGAGACCAAUGAACCAACCACGACACCGACAACUACACCAACUCCUGAACCGUCUUCACCGAGACCCGUAGAGGCAAUGACACGACAGGGAACUUUUGAUGGAAGCUUUGGCAACCACAGGCCCAUCAAAUCAAUGACUCAGACACGACAUGGAACUUUUGGGGGCAGGUUCGGCAACAAUAUGCCCCUUAACUCUAGGGAGGAAAGAGAGCAGAACAUUAUAAUGGUUGAAAGGAGUCAAGAUGAAGAAGAAGAGGAGGAGGAAGAAGACGAUGUCGAAGACGACACUGAGGAGACAUCCUUGAAGUCACAUCAUUUCCUUGAUAAUGGAGAGGACUUUGCUGAUCUUUGGGGCUCUGGAGAUGGUUGA